CGGGCAGCUACAAAACACAGUGUAUUCCGCAGACGAUAGCAGAGAGCUGAGGAGGAUUUGCCUCGACGUGAAGGAAAGAAGCGUGGGGGAUGUGCGUGUGAGUGGUGAAUUUCGGUAGCAGAAAGAAGGCGGAGGCGUAUUAUCCGUGGGCGGUUGUCGUAAGACUAAGAGAGAGAGAACGCAGCCGUAUUUUCUUUUCUCCAUAAUUUUUGCAUCCUUGCGGGGGAAUCUUUCCUCAUCUUGCUGCUUGAGCGAACUGUUGCGCCGGCCGGGCGGACACAGCAGUCAGACAACACCUCGGGCGGUACUAUGGCCGCGAUUUUGAGAAGACUGCUCCGCUCGAAGAAUCACCACGGCGAGAGAGGGCGGGACAAAAACAAGAACAUUCGUCUGUCGGCCUCGGUAGACUGUGCAAUGGGGAGCGGCACAGGUGCAGGUAGUAAGGAUGUGGCAGGAGGAGGAGGAGGAGGAGGAGGGGUACCGGUAGUAGCACCUGUCAGCAGAGAUGCUAACGGCAACAACAACAGCAGGUUCCUCCCCGGCAACCUGGAGCAAGCAGACGCGGAGAACGGUAACGUCAACGCUAACGCGAUUAACGUGGCGGUGGGACCAAACAAGAACAUGAGGGCGAAGAGCUUGGACCGGGGCACCAGUGCAGACUACAACGCCAACAGACGGGCGAGCACGGGGAGAGUUCCGCUCGACAACGUGAAGAUGCCAACAAGAGAGCACGCGCUACAGGUUCGCAGUCGUCGGCUAAUGCGCGAGCUUCAAGAGGUCCGAAAGCACAAGGACGGCGUGUUUGAGGUUGAUCUAGUUGAAGACAACCUGUACGAGUGGAACGUGAAACUGUACAAGGUAGACCCCGACUCGGAGUUCUACCAGGACAUGCAGGAGAUGGGGACCGAGUUUGUACUUCUCAACCUGACGUUUCCCGAAAACUUCCCCUUCUCCCCUCCGUUCAUGCGCGUGCUCACGCCAAAAAUCGAAAACGGGUACGUGAUGGACGGCGGGGCCAUCUGCAUGGAACUGCUCACCCCCAAGGGGUGGUCCAGCGCAUACACGGUGGAGGCGAUCAUCCUACAAUUCAGUGCCAGUCUGGUCAAGGGAAAGGGGCGCAUCAACCGCAAGACCAAGAAGAAGGACACCUACACCCGGUCGCACGCGGAAGCCUCGUUUCGCAACGUGGUCAAGACUCACGAGAAGUACGGGUGGGUCACCCCACCGGCUGGCGAUGGUUGAGUCGUACACACACACAAGGUAACGAUAAUACAUGUACACACGGUCAUCAGGAUGGAGACUGU